UAGCCUAACUUGUCAGUUGUGUGCGCAUGAACGGCUCUUGCUGCGACUCCCGUUUGAGCGAAAAGCCGUUACGAGCAAUUUAAAAAUUGUAAUCGAAAUUGAAUAUUGAAUUAGUUAAAAGCAACUUAAUUUUUACACAAUAAUCAGAUCCAACAAUAACAACAUUAACGAAAAUGCAAUAAAAGUGCAAAAAAUCAACAACUACAACAACAAAACACACAAUUUAAGGCUAAGGCCAGCCAAGAGCCGACAAACAACAACAACAACGCCAACAGCAGCAGCAACAACAACGACGAGGACGUGGAUCAUAACAACUGUUACAUCAUGAUCAGCAGCAGGUGGAGUAGCCUCCAGGCACUGCUGCUGCUCCUCAUGUUGACACUGCACUGCAGCCGACACCCAGCAACAGACGCCUACAACAUCGACCUGCCAAGCUACGUGCGACAUCGGCACGCUAGCAACUCGAUGUUCGGCUUCAGCAUUGCUCUUCACAAGACGCGCAGCAACUAUGCCAACAAUUCUUUGGUUGUGGGCGCACCCAAGUUCGACACGUCGUCGUAUCAGGAGCACGUGGUGGAGGCUGGAGCCGUAUUCAAAUGCUCGAUGAAGGACGAUGACUGUCAUUUGGUGCAAUUCGAUUCGAAAGGCAACAACAAGAACACAAUGGGCGAAACUAUCGAUCGAAAGUCGUAUCAGUGGCUCGGCGCAACUGUCGCCACCGGACGGGACAGCGACUUGGUUGUGGCCUGCGCGCCGCGCUACGUCUUCCACACGAUGACGCCAUCGAGGGCGCUGCGCUAUGAUCCGGUGGGCACCUGCUUCACCUCGCACAACUUUGCCCAGUUCCACGAGAUAUCGCCGUGCCGCACAAGUAAGUGGGUCGAACCAAAAGGACAAACCUACUCAAUACCGCCCGAUGCCGAGUUUCCAUUUAAGCCGCCUUAUUAUCAGCCCUUCGGCACUGGAGGUCAAGCGAUAUCCCAGGAUGUGACCAGGCCUGAGAAUCAGGUGUUCUCCACGGCGGAGAGCUCGUCGGCCAACGAUGAUUCGUAUCUGGGUUAUUCCAUGGUCACUGGAGAUUUUGAUGCAGAUCGCACUGAAGACGUUGCCAUCGGCAUGCCGCGCGGCGCCAAUCUGUCCGGCAAGGUCGUCGUCAAUCGCUGGAAUAUGGCCAACAUCAUGAACAUAUCGGGCCACCAGAUUGGCGAGUACUUCGGCUAUGCGCUGGCCAGCAGCGAUGUGGACGGCGAUGGACUCGACGAUCUGAUCAUCGGUGCGCCCAUGUACACGGAGCUGAACAAUGUCGAGGGCAAGUACGAUGUGGGACGUGUCUAUGUGGUGCUACAGGGCGGCGUAUCUCAGUCGGAUCGCUGGAAUAACGAGUUCAUACGAGAAGGUUUUCAGACCAAGGGACGCUUUGGCCUGGCUCUCACCACGCUGGGUGAUGUCAACGGCGAUGGCUAUGGUGACUUUGCAGUGGGUGCACCCUACGAUGGACCCGAGGGCCGUGGUGUGGUGUACAUCUAUCAUGGCUCUGCCCUGGGUCCCCUGCUGAAGCCCUCGCAGAUCAUUAAGGCUGAAAGUCUGGUCGAGGCGGCUCCAUAUCCGCGCACCUUCGGCUUUGCGUUGUCCGGCGGAGUGGACAUGGAUGGCAACACGUAUCCGGACUUGGCCGUUGGCGCCUAUGCCUCGGAUCAGGUGUUUAUUUUCAAGUCACGCCCUGUGGCCGCUGUCAAUGCGGAAACGGUGUUUGCCAGUGCCUCGAAGCUGAUCAGCCUGGAGGACCGCACCUGCCAGCUGCAGCGCGAUCACAAGAUGGUGCCCUGCAUGCCAUUGAGCACCUGCUGGAGCUACACCGGUCGCUAUCUGCCCGCUCAGUUGGACUUUGAAGUCUCCUGGCUGCUGGAUGCCAAGAAGACGCGCAAUCCCCGCAUGUUCUUCCUGCGUGACGAGGGCAAGAACAUACGCAACCAGACGAUCCGACUCGCCUACGGCCAAAGAUAUUGCCUCAACGAGACCGUCUACCUCAUGGACGGUGUCCAGGAUAAGCUGACACCCCUCGAGGUAGAGGCGCGCUACAACCUGCGCAGCAGUCGCCCCAUCGAAUCCCGUUCCAGGACACGUCGCGCAGCCCUUGAGCCGGUCAUCGAUCAGAACCGCGAGAUCAUUCUACGCGAUGCGAUCAACAUACAAAAGAACUGCGGACCGGACAACAUCUGUGAGCCCGAUCUGUCACUGACCGUAACGGCCGUCGACAAGUAUCUGUUUGUGUCUGGCGAGCCGCUGACCAUUGAGGUGCUCAUCAAGAACAACAACGAGGAUGCCUUCGAGGCUGCGUUCUACAUGAUGACGCCCAAGGACUUGCAGUUCACCAAGCUGCAGCAGCUGGGCGAGAAGAUCGACAUGCCCAUCACCUGCUCAGCGCCCGAUGCCAGCAACAACUACACUCUCAAAUGUGACAUUGGUAAUCCGCUUAAGGGUGGCAACAUGACUCACUUUGCGGUCAGCUUCGUGCCGGCGGAGAAGCACACGAAGACGUCCAGCUACGAUUUCUAUUGGGUGGCCAAUUCCACAAAUGUGGAGCGCAAGAACUCCGAGUACGAUAAUGUGGGCAGCAAGAGCAUUGGCGUCUGGGUGGAGACCGACCUGACCAUCAAGGGCACCUCGCUGCCCGACUAUCAGGUGUACAAGGCAGCCGACUACAAGGCACCCGGCAAUGCCACCACCGAGGACGAGCUGGGUCCACAGGUGGUGCACAUCUAUGAGCUGCGCAACAAUCUUAGUUCGUACAUUGAGGGCGCCGUCGUGGACAUCUACUAUCCCUAUCAGACCGAAUCUGGUGAUCCACUCAUGUACAUCGUCAAUCAGCCGGAGACUGGCGGUAAAAUCCGCUGCGACAUGAUCGAGGUUAACGAGCUGGGCCUCAAGCUGAACGAGAAGCAGAAGAACAAGUCCUAUCUGCAUGCCCAGGGUGCGAUAAGCAACUCUGUGCCGGCCACAUGGGAUGCUUCGGCUGGCGGCGAGGAAGCUGGCGGUCAUGUGGAGAUCUCGCAUGGCAUCCAAACCGGAAACACGGUCGGCGUCACCGUCGGCAACGACAACCAGCGCAGCCUGACACCCAAGCAGAAGGAGAUGUUGGAGCGCGAGGACGCCCAGGAUGCGGCUGGAGACGCCUCCUUUGUGCACUUGGAUCGUGCCAAUCAAGCGGGCUCGAGCAGCAGCCACGAGGCGAACAUGAAUCAGAGCAGCGGCAGCUUCUCUAGUGCUGGUUUCAUUCCAGCUGCGCCCAGCGGCGAGUUGCUCAGCCACAGCACCCAUGGCCACAUUCAAAUGGCACCGCCUCAGGUUGCCUCCGGCUCCAGAUCCAGCUACCAAAUGCGACCCCAACAGCAGCGGCAGCAGCAAGUCUAUCUGGCUGGCGGCCCAGUGGACAAGUCAAUGUAUGGCGGACGCAAUGGCGACUUCCAUGCGGGCACCCUUGAUCUGGGCACCUUCAACCGUGGCAACGUGGACAAUGAGCUGCACAACAGCCAGGUGCAGUACGGCCAGCCAGCUGUGCAGCGACGUGUGGUCUAUAGCUCCGGCAGCAAGCCGUACUAUGGCCGUGAGAACGAGGACUUUUACGACGAGGACAAUCAACAGCAGAAGGCGUUUGGCCAGUGGCACAGCUCCAGCUCCAGCUCCAACUCGAACUCUGCGCCUCGCCGCUACAGGCGCGACAUCCCCACUACGAUAGAGAUGCGCCUGGCGAAUGGCACGUCACCCUGCCUGGGUGUGCGAUGCCGUCGGCUGCGCUGCUACUUGGAGAAUCUGGGAUACGAGGAUGCGGAUGCGGCCUUUGUGGCCAUACGUGCUCGCAUGGUAGCCACCACCAUGGAGAAGCUGGCGCCCACUGUGCCAUUGAAUGUAUCCACGCUCGCCGUGGCGAACGUGACCAGCUUGCCCUUCAUUGGCAAGCCCAAGGAGAAGAUAUUGAAGACGCACGAGAUCUUCUACAAGGCGCAGCCAGAGCCGCAACAGGUGCCCGAUGUGGUGCCGCUCUGGGUUGUUGUCUUGGCUGCAUGUGCGGGUGCUCUGAUCUUUCUACUGCUCGUACUGCUGCUCUACAAGUGCGGCUUCUUCAAGCGCAAUCGACCCGCAGAUCACUCGCAGGAGCGACAACCGUUGCGCAACGGUUACCAUGGCGAUGAACAUCUGUAAACUCAUUGCAACCGCAGCAGCAGCUGUCAAAAUUUAUAUAACAGAACUGCAAAAAAAAAACGAACAAUUAACAUCGCACUAAAAAUGUACUAAAAACAAUGCAGCUAGAUGCAAACAAACAACGGUUCUAAAAACAGCAAAAAACACUACUAAAACAACGAACGCACUUAACCAAGUUUCAAACCGCGCACGCGUUUUAAAAACGCGGGCAUAAGCACGACAACAGAA